UUUUCUUAUUUGGAAUAGGAUCUCUAUGUAACAGAGAAAAUGUCUACAGCUUGUUCCUCCGAAUGACUUUACUAUACAUUUUUAUUGUUUUUUAUGUAUAAAUUUUAGCUCUUUGUUCUCCUUGAUUUUUCUUUCAGAGAUAAUUUGAAGGCUGAUAUUCUUAAUUUUGUGUUUUUUUUUUUAUAAAUUUAAAUCGAUUGGACUGUGGUUAGAUCGUGAUAAUUGUGUUGAUCUGACAUGCAGUUGGCCUAGUAGUCUUAGUUCAUGUUUUUGUUACUAUUUAUAUGACAUGACUUGCGAGCAGUAUCCCAUCUGUAUGACUUGCGGUUAUGUGUUAGGUUUGUUUUCAGUUCAGACUUGACACAAGUUAUUCCUAUAUGCAAUUUCAAUUAGUUUGAUUGCAUUGCUCUUGUGAUCUAAUUUUUGACUCUAAAGGGCCUUACUGAGAGUAACCUUGUGACUUGAUUUGAAAUUUGAAUUUUCUUCUAUCAGCAAUAGACUUCAUUAUGUAAUUUUUCUUGGCUAAGACAUGAGUAAUUAUUUCAAAUCAUUACUCUAUUGUGGUACUUUGGUCUAUGAUGUGUUACUCUAAUGAAGGUCGAAUUAGGUUACAAUUGCAAUGUUUCAUCGUUGGAGUAAUUCCCACAAGGAUCAGGAGGAUGAAUCUCUGAAGCAGAAGUCUAAGAUCAAUGAGCUUAGGAAUGUGAUUGGACCCCUAUCUGGACGUAGUUUACAAUAUUGCACCGAUGCAUGUUUGAGAAGAUAUCUGGAAGCUCGGAGCUGGAAUGUAGACAAAUCAAAGAAAAUGCUGGAAGAAACCCUUAAGUGGAGAUCAGCGUAUAAACCUGAAGAAAUCCGUUGGAAUGAAGUUGCAAUUGAAAGUGAGACUGGUAAACUGUACAGAGCAAACUUUCGUGACAGACAAGGAAGGACUGUACUUAUACUGAGGCCAGGAAUGCAGAAUACAAAAUCAAUAGAAAAUCAGCUGCGACAUUUGGUGUAUAUCAUAGAGAAUGCUAUAAUUAACCUUCCAGAGGGUCAAGAAGAAAUGGCAUGGUUGAUAGACUUUACUGGGUGGUCAAUUAGCAACAGCGUGCCCAUAAAAACAGCUCGUGAAACAAUUAAUAUAUUACAGAACCACUAUCCUGAGAGGCUAGCCAUAGCAUUUCUCUAUAAUCCUCCACGGAUUUUUGAAGCAUUUUGGAAGAUUGUCAAGUAUUUCAUUGAUGCCAAAACAUUCCAAAAGGUGAAGUUUGUGUAUCCCAAGAAUCUUGAGAGUGUAGAGCUCAUGAGGUCAUAUUUCGAUGAUGUGAAUCUUCCAACAGACUUUGGAGGAAAAGCCAUGUUGAAGUAUGAUCAUCAAGAGUUCUCAAGCUUAAUGGCUCAAGAUGAUGUCAAAACGGCAUCAUUCUGGGGAUUGAACGAUAAGCAUCAAGCGGCUACAAAUGGGCAUCAUGGAGCUGAGGUUGUUCCAGAGCCAAUUGGCCUAGUGCCUCCAGCUGUCUAAGCUUCCCAACUUUGGAGAGUUAUUAUUGCAGUGGCAAUAUAUAACUAUUACAUAUAUAUAUAUAUAUGUUCUUUAUUAGAAGCCAUCAACUGGAUGGAAUCAAGAUCUUAAGAUUCUGUAAGACACUAUCAAUAUCUGUCAGCAAUAUUCUAGCUAGGAUGACAGAAUGUGCAACUCGUAGUACGCAAGGGAAGCCCUAUGUUUCCUCCCAAAUCUACCGUAUCUUAUGCUUUGGCAGAUACCCUCUCUGUGAACCAUGAAUUCACCGGAAUGAAAUAAUGCUGCUCCCCACCGUUGUCUAUUCA